AUGCCAUCCACUCGGAUGUGCAGCUUCCACCUUCUCACUACCGCCAUUUUACUCGUGCCCGCCCUGAUGUUGCUCCUCGUCCGCCCAGUCGCCGCUGGCUCCGCAGCAUGCUGCCGGGUCACCCUGACAGCCGCCUGCUUCCAAUCGGACACCGCCUCCUGCCCCUUGGACAACAAAGCUGACGACACGUGCUGGUGCGGUGGCAGAAACCUGGAGUCUACUGAUGCAAUCACGGCAGAGACUACGAAUGACAACAUCUUCGGCGACUCGGCCAAAUGCCUGAGCAAGGGCGUCAUCAGCGGUGGGCGCAAACACCACGGCGGCGGCAAGCUCUCAGGCCUUCAUCACCACGCGAAGCCCAGCCCCGUCGAAGGAGAACGGAAGGUCUUCGGAGGCAUGGUGACGGAUCACGGCGAGAAUGCCGGCUGGCCCGUCGUACAGGAUGCAGAGCCUGGUGCUGAAGAGGUAGAGGUACCUCCCAUUGAUCAUAAGUGA